AAAUCGAAAAUUUGAGCGCAGGCGUGAGAGAGAGAGAGAUCGGGGAUGUCGUACCUCUUGCCGCACCUUCACUCCGGAUGGGCCGUGGAUCAAGCCAUCCUCGCCGAGGAGGAGCGCCUCGUCGUCAUCCGCUUCGGCCAUGACUGGGACGAGACCUGCAUGCAGAUGGAUGAAGUGCUGGCUUCUGUUGCCGAGACCAUAAAAAACUUUGCAGUGUUAUACCUAGUGGACAUCACCGAGGUGCCUGAUUUUAACACCAUGUAUGAACUGUAUGACCCCUCAACGGUGAUGUUCUUCUUCCGCAACAAGCAUAUCAUGAUCGAUCUUGGUACUGGCAACAACAACAAGAUCAAUUGGGCCUUGAAGGACAAACAAGAAUUCAUCGACAUUAUUGAGACUGUAUAUAGAGGCGCAAGGAAAGGGCGCGGUUUGGUCAUCGCCCCCAAAGAUUACUCCACCAAGUAUCGUUACUGACAUUGCUGGCAUUACGCCCUUGAUCAAACUGAUAGAUAUGUUGCAAUGUUUUCCUAUUAAAUAUGUGCUUUUUUUUCUUGUAGUAAAUCUUAUGAAAUUCUGUGGGUGCAAUGUUCUCCUGUUAAACAUGUGUUUUUGUUGCAGUAGCUCAUGAAAUUUUAUGUGGCUUAUUUAGAAUAAUGCAAAGAUAAUGACAAUAUGUUAUUCUGAUA